AUGGUUCCUGUAUGCGCAGGCUCACUUGGAGAGGCUGUUCAUCUGAGUUAUGAUGAGAGGAUAGCCUUGAUUCAAUUCAUCAGGGCUACACUUGAUGAAGCGGGUCUAACAUCAACUCCCAUAGUUGCUGGAGUGGGCGGUUUGAGUACCAGAGAGACUAUCGAGCUUUCAAAGGCAGCAGCAAAGGCCGGAGCUGAUGCUGGAAUGGUAAUUCUUCCUGCUUACUAUGCUGCAAGCCUGAACACAGACUCACAGCAAGUCGUUCAAUAUUACAUUGAUAUUUGCAAAGAGUCUCCGAUACCCCUACUACUUUACAAUUUCCCAGCCAACGCAGGUGGCCAGGAUAUGCCAUCAGCUGUGAUCAGUGAAAUUAUAAACAAGGCUCCAAAUCUAUGUGGAGUCAAACUUACAUGUGGAGGUAGCAUAGCAAAACUUGUGCGCCUUACUGCGGAGAUUGAAGGAAAUCCCAAAAUCAACGAGGCUCGGGCUUACCCCUUCCUCCUCCUGGAUGGACUGAUCGCCGACCUGACACCAUGGAUGCAAUGCGGCGGACAUGGGACUGUCAGCGGAAUCCCUAACUUUGCUCCGGCAGCUUCCAUGAGGCUCUGGGAAUUGCUCAACAUCGAGUCUCUUACAGCGGAAGAGGCCACCGAAUGCAAAAGAUUGCAGGCAAUUCUAUCCAACGCUGACGUCGCAGCUGUACCGGGUGGGAUCCGAGCUAUGAAAUAUGCAUUAAACAAGUUGCAUGGCUACGGUGUAGCACCGCGCAAGCCGUUGCUACCGUUGAAGAAAUUGGAGGGAGAAGCUUUUAUGGAUAUCCUUCGCGAGAUGAUUGACUUGGAGGCAGAGUAUACUCAAAAAUAA